AUGAUCAAGAACACAUCCGCCGUGACGUCCGCGCGAGAGGAGAGUGUGUGGGCGCCACGCAGCAGCAGCAGCACCAACCAGCACAGCACAAAUGAACCACACUCCGCAUUGCAGAGCCCACUAGACCAACACAAAGGCAGCACAACACACUGCGCGUUAACGCAGCCACGCAAUCACCCACGUACAAAUCAAGUCGACGACGAAAGCAACGCUACAACACGCACACUCCGUCCUGCCCUCACCACGCCGCAUCGCACACCGCCGCCCACGCUCACACCCGCUCGCUCAGCGGUGCGGCCACCUCCCCGUCACCUCCCACAGGGAAGGUGCGGGCAUACUGACACACACACACACUACAUAAGACACGCCAACUGCCACGAUCGCUGCAGCAGCAGCAGCAGUGCGACGUCGAGGUCUAACAGGAACAAGCAGGGAGAUGGGCAAACCGCGCAGGGUGCACGGCGCCGCAGCUGCAUCCUCCCCGCUUAG